AUGAACUCGAAGGCGCAACCAUCGAUAAUCUACAAACACGGUGCGCAACUCACGACAGACGGCGACAACAAGUACUGGCUCUGCAAAUAUUGCCAUGUAAGCGGACGUCACGACACAGCGCUCUUUGCCAGCGAGAGUACGACGAGCAUCAUCUAUCACCUUAGGCACCACCACAAACUUGCCGAGUUCGGUUACAAAGUGGCAGGGUCCGACCCCUUCAGCAUCUCUCAAGGAGCCACCAAGGCCGCGUCGUACUUGGGGAGCCGACGCAUGGUGUUCAAUGACCUCCAGUUUCGAAGUCAUUUUGCCGACUGGGUCAUUGAUCUUGAUUUGACUUUCCGCCAAGCGACUCACCGACGAACAAAUGAAAUAUUUGCAUUGUGCCUGGAAGACAUCGACAAAGUUUUGCCGAAAAGCCCGUCAGCGCUGAGCAGUUGGAUCCACGUCUCGACAGAUGCUUGGACAUCUGAAGAAGGUACCAACUAUUUGGCUAUAGUUUCUCACUUUCUAGACGCUGCAUACAAGCUGCAAACGGCUUUGCUGGAUUUGCCAGUUUUGAAGGGCCCCCACACUGGCGAGAAUAUCGCCAAAGUCCUUGCAGCGGUCAUGGGGUCAUACGAGAUCGGUCAGAACGUUGGUUUCUUCAUGAUGGACAACGCAAGUAGUAACGACACUUGCAUUCGAGAGCUGGCGAAGCGCUAUCCUGUCAUCAAGCCUCAGAGUCGCCUGCGCUGCGUCGGCCAUAUGCUCAACCUAAUCGUCAAAGCCCUUCUCUUUGGAGUCCUGGUCGACGGCGGAAUCCGCUGGAACUCUGCAUAUGCAAUGAUUCAGAGGGCGGUCAAGCUCCGUCAUGCGAUUGAUCUGUUCUUCCUCAACUAUUGCUACGGUGGCGUAGGAUUUGCCGAUGACCAUCCCGACGUGGUUUCAACGUAUUAUUCCCACGCAAUCGAUGCUGCUCGCAUCAAGCUAGAAGAGUACUUCGGCCUUACCGAUGCCACCCCAGCUUAUCGGUGCGCUGUCGCAUUGCAUCCGGCGAAUAAGUUUGCUUACUUCGAACUUGAGUGGAGUCACAACAAGCAGUGGAUCAGUGAGGCAAAGAGCGUGGUUCAAGAAGUUUUCGCAGAAUACGAAGACGCAUACAUGGAAGCGGACGCUGCGGACCAUGAGGAGGCUUCGUCGCUGGCCCUAGGAGAAGUCGUCGCUGAUAAGGCUGGCGAUGAUCUCGUCGCCCUUGACCCACUCCAGGAAGCUCGCAAACGCCGACAGAUGCUGGCUGAGCUUGCGGCGUCCGUCGAAGAUCCCUUGCAAUGGUGGAUCUGUCAUGCGGCAGACUACCCAGUUCUGUCGCAAAUGGCUUUCGACUUGUUCACUUGUCCAGCAAUGAGUGCUGAAUCGGUGAGUGGCCAUUUGUGCCUGGUCACAAAAGUGACGCAGCACGAGUGUAUUCUCGAGAUCAUGUGCAAGUUCUCUGAGCCGACCGGCGAUAUCUGGCCAAACUUGCCACAGCUGCAACAAAACGGCACUGGGCCCGAGACUGGCUGGACAAAAGCCUUCAUCUUUCCAUUUGUCCAUGACCUUGACCGAUUUUCCGGCCGGCAACGGAAUGCGCUACUGACUUUGAUCUUGUCAUGCAUUCCCCCAGUUCUGGACAUGAGAGCAUAUCUGCUGAACGGACCCGGGAAGAAGCAAGAGUUCCCGAGCCUCUUUGCGUGGCACGGCAGCUCUCUCGGAAACUGGCAUAGCAUUAUUCGCACGGGUCUCGACUUCGAAACAAUCGCAAACGGACGGUCAUACGGCAACGGCGUCUACAUGAGCCGUCACAUGGCUGUCAGUAGCGGUUACGCCGGGAUCAUCUCGAAACCCGAUAUUGAUUCUGCCAGCUUUGCUAUGUCGACCUGUUGGCACAACUCUCAGUUGCGGCCUUCACGAGCUCUCAGUCUCUGCGAGAUUGUCAACCGACCGGACCAGUUUGUCUCCAAGUCCCCGCACUACGUUGUUAACCAGAUCCAAUGGAUCCAGUGCCGAUAUCUGUACGUCGAGGUGCAGCCAACGCCCAAGGCGCUCAAGGAGCCGUUCCCGGGUCGGCGAAACAAGGUCUCGGAGGGCUACGUCCCGCAGGACCCCAUGGCUAGACUACUCGGAUCGCAUGAUGAGCUUUUUGAGGUUCCGCUAGCGGCAAUCCCGGUCUGCCGACGUGCUGGCCUGCUCACGUCGGCCAAAGUGGGGUCGAGCGAGGAACCUAAGAAGAGUGAAGAGGCUGAUGAGGCUACGGAUGACGACGUCGAAGGAGAUGAUCUCGAGCUCCUGAAUAUCCCUGACGAUGAAUCAGAAGGAGGACCUCAGGGUUUCGAGCGACCUCAAAUGUCGGCCUUUAGCAAGUCACCCGAUGACGGUUUCCCUGCGGCAAAUGGCGCAGCUUUGGACAAUGGUGGCUCAGCGACCGAUGAUCGCCAUGGGCACAAGAGCGCAUCGGAAUUCCGCCCCGGGGCGCUUGACCACGACUCCCUGCCGAAGCUGCCGCCCCCCUCGUGGGCCGGCUCGUCCCCCCACGCCCUGCACGCAUUGACCAGGGAAGUCAAGGACCUGCACAAGACGCAAUCGCAGAGCCCGGUCCACAACCUGGGCUGGUACAUCAACAUGGACAAGAUGGACAACCUGUUCCACUGGAUCGUCGAGCUCCACAGCUUCGACGCCGCCCUGCCGCUGGCUCAAGACAUGGCGCGCCUGGGCCGCGCCAGCAUCGUGCUCGAGGUGCGCUUCGGCGCCGGCUUCCCCCUGUCCCCGCCCUUUGUGCGCGUCGUGCGACCCCGGCUGCUGUCCUUUGCCCGCGGCGGCGGCGGUCACGUCACCGCGGGCGGCGCCAUCUGCUCCGAGCUCCUCACCAACUCGGGUUGGUCCCCGGCGCUUACCAUGGAGAAGGUGCUGCUCCAGGUGCGCCUGGGCCUGUGCGAGCUCGACCCGCCUGCCCGGCUCGACGACCGCGAGUCGAUGCGCAACGCCGACUAUGGCAUGGCCGAGGCCGCCGCGGCGUAUAAGCGGGCGGCCACCGCGCACGGCUGGAAAGUUCCCGUGGAUCUCGAGCAAAUUGCCGCCAUGAGCUGGGAGUGA